AAUGGUAAUGACGGCGGAGGCGGGGCGUCGGCAGUAGCCGAAGGAGUCUGUGAGCGCGAGCAGCGGUGGCGGAGCAUCUGUCUCGAUGGGCGUCGCUGUCGAGGAAGGAAGCGGAGGGCGCGCCCAGGUGGGGCCUUCUGUGCAGGCAAACUUGGAUUUGAACUAAAGAUUUGCUUAGAAGAUUCCUGAGUUUCCUGUGUUUAAGAAUAAGUGACACACCUCACAGAUUUCAAGAUGAAUCCUUUAAUGGAAACCCCUGAGCUGCCGGCAGUGUUUGACGGGGUGAAGUUGGCUGCUGUAGCUGCUGUUCUCUACAUUAUUGUCCGCUGCCUGAAUCUGAAGAGCCCGACUGCCCCUCCUGAACUCAUAUACCAAGAUACUCCUUUGGCCCGCUUCCUACUGAAGUCAUGUCCUCUUCUAACCAAAGAAUACAUUCCACCUCUGAUCUGGGGAAAGAGUGGUCACAUCCAGACUGCUCUUUAUGGGAAGAUGGGGAGAGUAAGAUCACCACAUCCUUAUGGACUUCGCAAGUACCUCACAAUGUCAGAUGGUGCAACAGCAACUUUUGACCUCUUUGAACCACUGGCUGAAAACUGCAUUAGAGAAGAUAUCACAAUGGUAAUCUGCCCUGGUAUAGCUAAUCAUAGUGAGAAGCAGUACAUCCGCACCUUUGUUGACUAUGCUCAGAAGAAUGGCUAUCGAUGUGCAGUGUUAAAUCACCUCGGAGCCCUCCCUACCAUUGAGCUAACUUCACCACGCAUGUUCACUUACGGUUGCACCUGGGAAUUCGGAGCCAUGGUAAGCUACAUCAGGAAGACAUAUCCCCAGUCCAAGCUGGUCGUUGUGGGUUUCAGCUUAGGUGGAAAUAUAGUGUGCAAAUACCUUGGAGAGAACCAGUCCAACCAGGACUGUGUGUUGUGCUGUGUCAGCGUCUGUCAAGGUUACAGUGCAUUAAGGGCCCAAGAAACAUUCAUGCAGUGGGAUCAGUGCCGGAGACUUUACAACUUCCUCAUGGCAGACAAUAUGAAGAAAAUCAUUUUGUCUCAUAGACAAGCUUUGUUUUCUGAAAGCCCUAAAAUACCUCUAGGUUUAGCAGAUACAGACCUGAACAGACUUCACACAGCAACAUCUCUCAUGCAGAUUGAUGACAACAUCAUGAGGAAGUUCCAUGGCUACAAUUCCUUAAAGGAGUAUUAUGAACAGGAGAGCUGCCUGCAUUACUUGCACAGAAUCUUUGUUCCUCUCUUGUUGGUUAAUGCUGCUGAUGACCCUCUGGUACAUGAUAGUCUCUUAUCAAUCCCAAGAGCUCUCUCAGAAAAGCGGGAGAAUGUCAUGUUCGUAUUGCCAUUGCAUGGAGGUCACUUGGGUUUCUUUGAGGGUGCAGUACUCUUUCCUGAGCCCCUCACCUGGAUGGAUAAGCUUGUGGUGCAGUAUGCCAAUGCCAUCUGUCAGUGGGAGAAGAAUAAAUCUCAAUGCUCUGAUACAGAACAAUCAUCUGGCCAAGAAUAAAUGGUCCCAAAGACAUUUCAGGUUGUCUUACCUUAAUCCCCAUCUUCUGGAAAUCUUCUCUUCUUGCCCUUCUUUUCCAAGCCUGACUUGUUGGGCAUCUUCAUCUUGGGCAUUUUGUCCACAGUGUUUCAUGCCAAAACAGAAUUGCUACACAAGGAACUAAUGAGCAACUUGGGAGUUUAUCUGAAUGUUUGCAGUGACAUCAUGCAUUGAGAGAACCAUCUACUGAAUUGGUGGGUUGGUAUCUGAAAUAAGUGCAACAAGAGAAUCACUUUGAAAGUAGCAAGUGGUUCCAGUACUCUUGACCCUCUCCUCACAUUUUCACUGAUGAAAACAAUCUAAAAAUAACUAUCUGGUUUUUGCAAAACUUGUAUAGCUGUCAGUAGUGUGAGUUUCGAGUGCCAUUCUCUUUGUGGUUGCAUUUCCCCUCGCAAGCCCUCAACCCCAGCAGGGGGAAAAGUUAAUAUCAAUUUGUAGAAGAAACCAGCAAUUCACUUCUGCAAGUCAUCGGUGUGGCUGCCCACAAAACAUGGGGGGAAAUGGAGUCUUAAGCUUUCAGAAUUGCAUCUCUACAUCAGUAAGGGCCCUUGCCCUUUCUGGUUAAUGCACUGCUGAGGUUUAGAUUGCUUUGAAAAUAUUUGGAGUGUUAUCUGCACUUCAGUUGCUCCAGUGUUUUGGAGCAAUGGCAUUGAGUCGCACGUUUGGCUUUUACGCUGGAACUUUACACAUAGAUAGUUCUGGAUGGUUAAAUCCAAUGGAUUCCCUUUUGUGUUACCACUUGAGACUAAACAAGUAGCCUUGUGAUAUUUGCCUUUUCUAUUGUAAGGAAUUUUAUUUUGACACAGGACUUAGUGUGCUUUUAAACCCAGGCCUUUUAACACAGUCUUUGAAUGGAAGUCAGUAACUAUCAGCCUGCGGAUGUUUUGUUUCAUUUUUAUUUUUUUAGAGUACUCCAUAGCAAAUCAAUGUAUGUGCUCAUAGGAACUUUGUGUAUGAAAAACAGAGAAAAUAAGACAUGCUCUUCGCCUCUCCAAAAAUUCCAUGUAUAUUAGAGUGGCACAAACAAAUCAAUCCCCAAACCUUUAAAGCAUUGAGUGGCUAUUUCAGCCGCACAUUCUUUCCUUGGAAGUAUUGUGGACUGGGGGUCUUCAAUACUGAACAGCUAGAAAUAUUUAUGUAUUAACUGCCUCUGCUGUUAGUGAGUUCCAUAAGACAAUUUUAUGAGACUACUUGUCCACAUUGCAUUCUUUCAGCACAAAAACAUCAACAGGAUAUUGUGAGUAUUGUAUUAGGGAGACGUGCAGUGAAGAAAUAGCCUCUUUGCUGCCACUGAGUAAAGAGUUUUUCCUGAAAGAAAGACUAUCAAAGUAACAAUAAUGAGAAUUUUAAAAAUCUAAUUGUACAAUGACUUUAAGAAGACAGUGGAACUCUUAGGUUAAACUCUGCUUCACUUUCUCAUCCCUCCUUACGGCUCCAUUCACCUCUCUUUUACAUGAGUUCUGUCAUCAGAAGCUCAUCAUUUAGCACUUUAUGAUUUUGACCUUUUGUUUUGCAACCCAGACACUUGUAUCUAUAGUGCCCUUUUGUUUGUUUGCUAUAUAUGGGUAGGGAAUGGUCAAUGCUGUGCAGAGCAUCAAUUGGACCAGCUUUGACAUCCGGAAAGGUGUAUCUUGUAUUUUGGGGGCGGCUGUUGUUUUUCUUUAAGUGAGCAAUAAUUAGGUACUCUAGCAAAGGUGCAUUUCUCACAUCAGGUGUCCAAUUUCUUCAGCCUUAGUCCACCAUCCUUGGCCUGUUAGCUGACUGUGUAACCUGAACGUUGACUACCUAGUGAGAGUUUACAAGUUCUUCUGCUCCCCCAGAGAGGGAGAAAUGACCAAUAGAAAUGAUGCAAGACUCAGCCAGUGUGCUUAAGGCUUUCCUUCUCCGUCCUCUCCCCAAAAAUAGGCUUUUAAAUUAUUUCUCAUCCUAUUGUAUGUUGUCCUUGUACAUUUUCUAUAUAUUCAUUAAUGGCUAAAUUCCAAUAUAAGGUCCCCACAAACCUUUUUGUGCAGCUGAAAUAGCAAUCUGGGCUGGCUAGGGCAUACUAAGAAUGUCUUUUCUAACUGAGCAGAAUAGUUGUUUAAAUUAAUUUUGUUUGUUACAGUAUAUAAAAAAAAACAUGAGCUAAUGGAACAUAUUUAUCCCCAGUGGACUUAACCUUUGCAAAGUAAACUGAAAAGGAGUCUGCUAUUGGUUCCUUUCACAUCAAUAUCAAGCAUAGUAGUUUGUCCUCUUAGCAGCCUGUUAAGAGCUGUUGCUGUAAGUCCUCAUCCUCUCCAGCCUCACUUUAAAAGAGUGGGUGCUGCGUAGCAGAAUUUAACACAAUGAAUGACUCCCCCCCCCCCCCCAGAAAAGACCUUUCCUUGUUGCCGUUAAAUUGAAGAAACUGCCAGCCAGGAAACCUACAGGUGUCUUUGCAAUCCAAGGCUUUUUUUAACCUUCCCCUCCUGAAGGUGGGAGUGAGGGUACAACUUGCUCUUGUUCAUUGCAAGGCCCAGCAACUGUAGAUUGUUUUGGGGUGCAAACAAGAAAGGUAUCAUAUCCCUGCCACUGAUGGCAUUUUUAAACUGUAGUACUCAGGGAUCCUAUGGCCAUGUCUCUGUUUAGCCUUUUGAAAGAGGAACUGUGAUUUAAAAUUCUUUUGGAUGGGAAUGAGAAACAAAACACAUCCCUUGAAAGUUAUUUUGAUCGCUUCGGGAAAUAUUAAAAAGUAAGUUCUGUCUAUAUCACAAAUAAUGAUGUCAGUUAUUAAAUAAUAAUGUUGCCAUCUAACUAUUAUAGGAGGACCAGAUGUUGUCCAUUCUUGAUUGUGAAAGUUAUAUGCUCAAAUAUAACUCUAUCUAUACCAGAGACAUGGCAGAAACAUAUUGUUUAAAACAUGGUUGAUCCUUUUUUUCUUUUUUAAAUCAUUUUCAUAACAGACCUGCUCCUACAUUCAGCUAGUCUUCUCCAGAGUACCUGCAGAAUGAUGAUAACAGUUUUCCUCAAGUUGUAUUGUUUUACCAGUGUAAGGUCUAUUAUUGUUGAUUUUCAUUUGAGUUUACUUCUUGGUCCCUGAGAUUUUUAUCAUGGAGAAUAUACCUUAACAGAGAAACUCACAAAAGGGGUCCAGCUUUUUUCCUCUCUCAAUGAGUAGUUAUAGCAACAGUAACUAGUAAGAAGGUUAGAAGUGUCCGCAUCACAUCUCUGGCAGCCUCCUAUAUAUCUAUUUUUAAUGGCAUUUUUCCUCUGGCGUAUGCCAUGCGGGGGUCUUAGUGGCAUACCAGAUUAUCAAAAGGAAGGUAAAAGACAACCUGCUGUUGGCAUGAUGAGCAUGGAAUUAAGGGUCAUGUGUUCACUUUAAAGAGCAAGGACUCAGGUCAGAUGGGGGUAUGCCAUAACAGUUCUCCUGGAAUUUGUGGCCUUCGUUCUUUGUGAACAUCCUGUUGUGCUGUCUACAGAUGUUCCUGUCUGGAAUUUGUUUCUUAAGCCUGCUUUUCCCUUGAAGGGCCUUUGGCAUGGAGACAUUACAAAACGAGAUGAAGUUAUCUGGGUGGAAUGGUGGAAAAAUCUGUGUCUUUUUUAUCAAUAACUGUACUGUAUCUCAUUUAUGUAUCUGGUGUUCUGUUCUUUUUGCUGGUUACAUGAAAGGGCACAACCAUGAAGGGCAGCAUUUGCUAAGCUGGAACUGAGAAUUGGCACCCCUCCUUUCAGCUCCCUCCAUUUUUUGCAAACAGAGACUAUUGUUCCUCUUUUCCUCUGUCCAGGAAUCUUCAAUUUAAUGCCUCAGUUCCUGGGAGCACCAAGCUGAUUCAUGUCCUAGUGGAACAACCAGUUGCCUCCUGAUCUGUGGCUCUUAUCAUUCAGCAGAAAUACUGUUGUUCCAGUAGCAAGAUCUGUUUUGAGUUUUUGCUAUAAUGCAGCAGUAUUGUAUAAAAAGCCUUGCCACUGUUGAAGGAGGUUCAAUUUCAUAUCAGAAAGAUUGUAAAAGCAUCACCCAUUUGAGGGCCAGCAGCACUUAAUUCAAGCGGCUAUUGUGAACUGGAAACCUGAAGCACUUAAAUCUGCCAUCUGGGUUAAUCUCUGGUAGCAUCCAGCCCACUCUGAAUCUAUGUUCUCCCACACUAAUUUCAUCACAGCUGUAUUUAGCAGUAAAUCCAUAGAUUCAUUCUGGGCAGUUUUUCUCCUCAUUUAAGAAAGCACAACUUUUAAAAGAGAGAUUCCAUUUUUUUCUUCUCCUGAACAUAACCAAGCAGAGGGAUAUCUCAAAACACCUCAGGAAGCUAGACCUGUACCUGUGCACUCUUUGAUUUCUAUCACUGCAGCUGCCUUAUCAGAGUGAAAGGAGUAUUGGGCUUUUUGCGUUCCUUUUUUUUCCUUUUCUUUGAAAGUCUAUUUUGGCAAUUUUUUGCUUCCAAACAGACUUUUUGGAAACCAUCACUUCCACAUUCCUAAUUCCUUUGGAAACAAAAAAAUGCUGCCCUGAAAAGGUUUCAUGUGUGCAAGUGUUUCUCGUCGCUGCUGGUUCCUUUUUGAAUUCUUAGGAGCCAGCAGUUUGGGGGGCUGAAGAUUUGCAACUAGCAAUGCAAUUUUUCUAAAUAGGCUUAAGGUUUCAAGUUUUUUAAAAAGCGUGUCCUUGAUUUUUUUUCUUACUUUUUGUGUUCUGUGUGUGCUAAACGGAGGUCAUUGCAGAACAAAGUAAUUUUGUUAUAUUUGAUUCAAUGGAUUUCUUUGCUUACAGAAAUAAAAUAAAGACCUUACUGAGUUCAUAACAAGU